AUGUUACAACCAAUGAAGAGUCCAUUGUCAGUGAAGUUUACCACACUGAAGAACAAUGUGGACGAAGUUGUUUCAGAGGCUUGUAGACUGGUUGCUUCUUCUAGGAUUUUGGUGGCAGAUUUGCGUGGGAUGAAUGGUUUGUUGAUUCUGCACGGAGUUGUAAUUAGGUGUGACGCCUGCAUAGCGUCUGUAGUUCGACGACGACGGUGUGCUGCAGUUGGAACUUACAGUCAUAUGAGUGCGGACUGUCACACAGUCGUUGGUGGUUCCAAUAUUAUCUUGAUCUUGCGUGAUCCCAGACAGCAUUAA